CAAUGGUGUUAGUCUAUUCACACCGUAAAUAGUAUUUAUUGUCCAAUCACUGUGAGAAUACCUCGACGUAAUUUAAGUUAUCAUGAAAAAUUCAAAGUUCUUCAAGCUAUACAAGCUAAUAAAGGUGUAGAUCAGAUUGCUUCUGAUUUCAAAGUUCAUCGGUCAAAUAUUUUUAGAACAAUUACCAAUCAGAAAAAAAUACAUGAAGCCAUUGAAAAAAAGAAGAAGAAAACAAAGAGAGUUGUUGAUUAUGUUGACCAAUUUGACAAGAAAAUAGUGGAUUAUUUAUUAGAUAAACAACUGAUUGGAUUUCCAUUGACAAGUUCCAUGAUAAGGGAAAAGGCAAAAAGAAUUGCUAAUGCCAAUAAUAUUGAAAUUAAAGCAUCUAAAGGAUAGUUUGAAAGGUUUUUAAAAAGGUGCAAUAUUAAACAUGGAAAGCUUUCUGGUGAAUCAAGUGUUGUUGAUAUUGCUGUUGUUUAGGAAUUCAAAAGCUCAAUUAUACCUCAAAUAAUGACUAAAUAUUCACCGAAAAAUAUAUACAACAUUGAUGAGACAGCUCUCUUCUACCGUCAAUUGCCAAGUAAAACCUUCUUUGUUUCUAAUUCACCUCACUUUGGUAGCAAAAUAUCAAAAGAACGCAUAACAAUAUGUCUAUGCUGUAAUCAAAAUGGUGAUAAACUGGAUCCACUCAUUAUUGGUAAAUUCAAUAAUCCACGAGUUUUUCAAUCAAAUAGAGAAACAUUGAAUCAGUUCAUUUACAAAAAUAACUCAGCAGCUUGGAUGACAAAACAUAUUUUCUCAAAUUAUCUGAUGAAUUGGGAUGAAAAGUUGGAACAAAAAGAUGAAAAAAUUGCUCUAAUGUUGGAUAACUUCAGCGGUCAUAAAAUUCUUGAAACAGAUUAUCCAAAUAUUGAAUUUAUCUGGCUUCCUCCAGGAACAACAAGUCACCUUCAACCUCUUGACAAUGGCAUCAUAAAGGUGUUUAAGGAUGAAUACAUCAACUUUUUAUUCAAGAAUUUUUUCGAUUGUUUUGAAAAUAACAUGAAUCUAUCUGAAAUAGUGAAAAGUGUAAGCUUAUUAGAUGCUGUUUGGGUUUGUCAAGCUUGGCAUGAUGUAAGUCCAUCGACAGUAAGAAAUUGUUGGACACAUUGUCAUUACAUUAGAGAGUUUGAAGGUGAAGAAGUUGUUGGUGAAGUUGAUGAAGUCGAUGAAUAUGAUGAUGAGAUGAUUGAAAAUGAAGAAAAUCCAAUUGAACAAGAUCUUAAUAUUAUAUAUGAUCAAUUACCAAUCACAUCUAAAGAUAAACUUUCUUUAGUUCAAUAUAUGGAACAAAUGUGUUACAAAAAUCAUAAUUCCUACAUCCUAGACUCUGUAGAAUCAAGAGGCUUUUGAACAAGGUGUAAAUAUGUCCAAAAUAAUAGUAAAUUUACAUUAAAAUAACAUUAAAUUAACACUAACUUAAUACAAAAUUAACACAAAUGUGAAACUCAUAUUCAAUAUCAAGCUUACUACCGAGACAAAGAUGUAAACAAGUAAGACACAACGUCUAAAAU